CCCAAAAAAUCCCCAUUUUGCAUUUUUUUUAAACGCAGACAAAAUGGUCUUGGCUCGUCUCCCUAAUUGCUAUAGCCUAUAGGAGUAGUAGUCGCUGAAUUACUCCUUUUCAACUUCCAUUUCCAUUUUCAUUUCCAUUUUCUCUGAUCUUCAGCAUUUUUUUUCAGAAUCAAAUCAUGUCUCAAAGCUAUUCAAUCGAGCUUUACUUCGAUCCAGCUUUGGAAAACCAAAUUCUCAAAGCUUGGAAUGUUUUAGCUCGUCGCCAAAUCAGUACCCAACUCAUUGAAAUCGAAUCUCGACCUCAUAUUACCCUUUUUUCUUCACAAUUUAUAGACCCAUCAAAGAUUGAACCCUUAAUCAAAUCAUUUGCUGCUAAACAAGAACCUCUACACCUUAAUUUUUCCUCAAUUGGGUCUAUCCCUAAUGAAGGAAAUCUCCUUUUUCUUUCUCCUACUCCUACAUUGUCUCUCCUCCAAUUCCAUUCUCAACUCUGUGAUCUGUUGAAAAAGGAAGGGGUCGAAAUUGGGGAUCAAUUUCGGGUUGAUUCUUGGAUACCCGUUUGCCCAAUUGCCCAAGAAGUCCCCAAGAAUCGGAUUGCCGAAGCGUUUAGUAUUUUGAGGGAUUUGAAGCUGCCUGUUAAUGGGUAUGCAAUGGACAUUGGAUUGGUUGAAUUUCCGCCUGUCAGAGAGGUGGUUUCUUUCGUUAUUGGUAACACUUUGGAAGGGUAAAAUCAGUUGCUUCUUCUCUCUUGUACUACCCUGUUUAGAUUUCUCUAGUAUUGAUGUCUUUAGUUUAUAUAUAAUACAUAUAUUUGGAGAUCAAAAGCUUGAUGUUCUUUUGAUGUUUGUAGAAAACUGUUUGUAGAUUAAUAUGAAUGGUUGUCGUUUAAAUCA